AGGAAGACGAAAAGGAACGAGUCGUCUUCUCCUUCCUUCAAGGUCUCCGAAGAAAAAUCUCCCUACUCUCUCACGAGCCACAGUACUUCCUUCCUCCUAUUCAUGCCCCCGCCCAGGACUUCAUACGGUUGGCUAUUUCAGAAGAAAAUUCAGUUUAUAUUCGACUGGAGGACUAGCUUGCGGUAAUUUGAAGCAUUUUUUUGUUCGGUUUUGCUCGCUUUGGGAGGGAGCCAGUAGAUGCAAAAAGUCUGAUCUUUUGAUCGACUUGGCUGUCCUUUUGAUUCGGCGUCAUUAAGCUCCGCAUGAGAGUUUCUUGGUCUGUGCUCGCUUGUGAAUAGAAAGGCUAAUUGUUGGUGAUUGGUUACCAAAAUUUGGUCCUUUUUCUUAAUUCGGAAGGCGUGGGCAGCAAAAUUCACAGGGGAGCUUCGGUUACCCGAGCAAGAAGGAUCCUCUCCUUCACAGACUAAGAUUGGUGAUGGCCCGGCGCUGAAUUGCUCUGAAAUCUGCCGAAAGCAUCGAUCUUUGCCUCCGAAAGAUCAGGGAUUGGGCCCUGGAAUCCCAAUUCGCCACAUCUCCAAGACAGCGGUCGGGCUUGUAGAUGGGGGCGGGUUCGAGCAUCCUCGGCGCGGACGGGGAAUGGGGGAUGACGUCCCUUGGAGACAUGCCGGAGAGCUGCGUGGCGGCGGUGCUGCUCCACCUUGAUCCACCGGAGAUCUGCCAAGUCGCCCGCCUCAACCGCGCCUUCCGGGGCGCCGCCUCCGCGGACUGCGUCUGGGCCGACAAGCUGCCCGUCAACUACCGGUACCUCUUGGCCUUCGCGGCCGCCGCCGAUGACGAAGAUGGUGGCGGCGGACACGGCAACAGCAAACGCUGCUCGCCAACUUCGACCAAGAAGGACAUUUACGCUCGCUUGUGUCGACCGACCCCUUUUGAUUUUGGCAAUAAGGAAUUCUGGAUCGACAAGAACAAGGGAGGUAUUUGCUUGUGCAUCUCCUCAAAGGCGAUGGUGAUAACAGGUAUAGAUGACCGGAGAUACUGGAGCCAACUUGUCACGGAGGAAUCAAGAUUCCACCAUGUUGCCUAUCUUCAGCAAAUUUGGUGGCUUGAGGUAGAUGGAGAGCUUGAUUUUUGCUUCCCUGCUGGUUCAUACAGCAUUUUUUUCCGGCUUCACCUUGGUCGACCAUACAGGCGCAUGGGUCGACGUAUUUGGGGAACUGAGCACAUCCAUGGGUGGGAAUCCAAACCCACACGGUUUCAGUUCUCAACUUCAGAUGAACAACAUGCUACAUCAGAAUAUCAUCUAGAAGAACAAGGAAGCUGGAUCCUUUACCAUGUUGGUGAUUUUGCCGUAUCGAACUCUGAUGAGCUUAUGAAGCUCAAGUUCUCAAUGUUGCAGAUUGAUUGUACCCAUACAAAAGGUGGCUUGUGCGUCGAUUCAGUUUUGAUAUAUCCAAAAGGGUAUCGGCAUGAGAAGGAAAAAUAUAGUUCGCAUGUGCUGCAGAAUGGUCGCAAUACUCCAGCAACAUGAGGCAGGCAAUUCAGAAGGGGAUGGCUAGUCUUUUUCCUGUCGUUCUUUCCUGAAAGUCCAUGUGUAUAUUCAGUUUUUUUCCUUCUUUCAUUCUGAGAGUUUUACAUGAUACAAGGCCUUUUUUUGUUCUUCUGUAGUGUUAGGGUAGGGAAGUAAGGGGCAAGGUUUUGAAAAAGUUAAAUUGACAUGAUAAUGUUGAGUACAAGUACUGGUCGUAUAAAAGUAGGGUAGAUGCCAUCUUCAUAUGUAAUUUUCAUCAGUGCAAUGAUGUUUGGCGAUCUGGGUAUUCAUCUUUGCUUAUUCUCA